AUGUACAAGCCCCCGGGACAAAAGCAAGAGCCGACAGAGCCGAUAUCGAUUUCAUGUCGAUUUGUGCCAACCGAUCAGUGGCUACGAACGCACGUCGAUCCGCAUUGGACGAUUUCCGAACUCAAGAGACACUUGCUUGCACGAUGCGUUGGGGGAGUGCCCCUCGUGCCUGGGUUGGGCCUUGGAACCCCUGGACCCCGGUUGCUUGUCCCUUCGCCAUCGGGUCAUAUUACAUUAUCCUCCCUCGUUAGACAGUCCAAUACUGCUCCAAUCAAAACUGGUGGCCGACCGAGCACUGCUCCCCAUGCACUCCUCGAUGACAAGCGCAAGCCACGUCUAUCACUCAAGGUUGUUCCUAGUCUGCCUCGGCCCGUCACGACUGGUCCUCCUCGUGCGGUCACCAUCCAUCCCCCCACACCAGGUAUACACGGAGUCCCAUCUACAGGCAUUCUUGGACAGCAGUCCGGCCCAUCCGUUUACUUUUCACCGCGGAACCCAGUAUCCUCUCCAGAGCUCUCUCCACCCAGCUUCACCCCUGGGCCAACACUCGACGAUGAAGCAUCCCCUCCGAGCCCGAAUAUCCAACUGGAGACCAUGUCCAUCUCAUCCCGCUCGACUGUCGCCCUGGAUACUCCCAGCCCCAGUCCCAUACCACCAGUCCCACCCUCCCGAGUCCCACCGUUGUUUACGCCCAGCUCGGAACAUUCCAUGUUAUUCUCCGAGUUCGCUUCCACCACGCCGUCGGCCACAGCCGCCCCUCCGUCACCCUAUGCCGUUCGACCGCCCACCAACAUACGCUCGCCCCCUCCGCCUUCGACAGCCCGUUCGCCCCCACUGUCGUCAUCUCUGACUUCGCGAUACGAAGCCUCACUAUCAAACCCCGAUUCCUCGAUUCUUGAAUCAGACAUGGCGCUCCGAGCCGGACCCGCCAUUGAAAAGCCCCAGCCCCCCGCCGCAAGCCCCGGCAUUUUCCCAUCGGCCCACGGAAUGACCUACCCGUAUGACAUCAUGGCUGCCCACGCGAUCGCCCGGAAACGAUCUGCAAGCAAGGAAAAAUAUAGUCUGGAGGAAGAGUUUCGGCUCGUCAGUUUUGCCCAAGGGUGUAUUCUCGAUGAACACUGCACCGUGGCCGAUUUGCGGAUUCGGCCUGGGGAAUUGUUCGAGAUCCAGAGGAAGAACGCGAUAGUUCAUUUGGGGAGAUCGACAUACACGCAGCCAUUCUUCGAGGCUCCGAUUUACGUUAUCAAACGCACUGUGUCCACCAGUAGCCAACAGCGCCCCCAAACGUCACACUCCCAGCAUCAUCACUACCAGCCUAGACCGCACCAACACCAUAUCCAGCCGGUGCGGGACUACUCGUCCAGCCACCGAGCGCCACCCGUCCCAUCCAUCCAGACGGCCGAUUCCGGGUUCACCCCUCUGCUCUUACCGACCUCGCCGAUCGAGUCCAUUUCGACCGGCAGCUCGAGCACGCGCGUGCGCUCCCGAACUGUUACCGCGCGGGACCGCGACCCGUAUGACGCGCUGGACGCAGAUUUGGAGGACGGACACGAGUAUCCCGAAUUCGACAUGAGUGGGUUGGAUGGCGUCGGAGGUGGCACGCCCUUGCCGACGGGUGGAAGCGGGGGUGCGUCUGGUGGGGUGAUGGCGAAACAGAACCAACCGAUGCUCGUUUGGCCGCUUUCGACGCUCUUGUCUGCUCAGCAGUUGCCUGCGGUGCCUCAUAUUGGUUCCCUCCCACGGAACUACAUCAAAAUACAUUUUACUGGACCGUCGCGUAAAGACCGUGGGGAGCGAGACGGAGGAAUAGGAAUCAGGAUGAUGGACGGUGCAGUCCAUGUCCACCUCCUUCGAGUCCUUCUCCGCGUAAUCAAUAACCCAGGAUCACACGGAUGGCUUCCUACCGACACGCCCAUUAUAGCUCCAGCACCCCUAUCAUCGCAGUACCCCGAAUGGCGCCAAUACAUUAUUCAACGCGCAUGGCUAGCUGGGCGAGGCGCGUCGAUCAUGCGCGGGUCCGCCGUCACCGGACCAUGGAUGCGCCCUCCAUGGGUAGCCUGGACCGACAAGGAAGCCGAAAGCUUCACCAAACUGCCCACGAGUGACUCUGAAGACGACUCUGAAGACGACUACGAGGACCAAGCGCUUUUGUUCCAGACUCGCGACUCGGACUCGGAAAUCGAGUGGGACACCGAACCCUGGCGCGCCUGGGAAUCCGAAAAUGUGUUUGGAAACUGGAACGCCGAGAAGUCGGUCCCUUGCCACACCGCCAGCCCAGCAACCCCAACAACCACAACAACAAUCACAGCAUCAGCAAGGUACACAUCCGGCUCAAGAGACGAUGCUUUCGCCCGUUUCGACGUCUCUGAGCUUUCAGCUACGACUUCGCCGAAUACGAGGCGCGCGAGGUCGUCCACGAUCGCUGGGCCCGACUCUCCCGGGAACUCGGGAUCUCCCCAGGCGUGGGCUCGGACUGGGGCCGGAAUCGAGACUGUGCUUAGGACCCCGGCUUCGAGCGAGACGAUGAGCACUGUCGGUAGUCGGCGCCCGUCGAACCAGACUCGGCGUUCCUGGCGAGAGACGGGGUUCGGCGACGAGUCUGGAGAUGCAGAGGGCGAUGCCGAGUCGGAGGGCCGUGACGACUCCUGGUCAAGUCAACUCUAG